AUGCUCAAUGACUUGGAACUCCUGUGGACAGAUACUGACCGCAGUCUGUCUGACAUACUACACCCAGAAGAUGUCUUCUACGUUGUAUUUGCAGCAACGUUUCAUCUCAGCCCGAGUUGGGAGCCAGUGAGAGAACUUACCUAUCUAGCGGUCUCACAAAAGCUUGUUCAAGACUCAAUCCGAUCCUCGCCAGACUCACUUCCAAGUAUCGUACUCUUUGAAACAGCACCUAUGAUUGAGACAUUGGAAGGAUUCCGAGGUCUUCUACAUCUAUCAGCCGAGGAUAACUUGGCUGCUUGUCUCUACAACCUUUGUAUUCGAGUUGACAUAGAACCCAGCGCUCGAGAUUCCGAAAUCAACUUCGUCUGGAAGAAAUUACCCACUUUUGCGACAAACGAUAAUCGAGCUGCACAGAAACCAAGAGUUUUUCGUGCUUGCUCACGGCCUGGAGCAAGUAGAUUCGUGCAUAAGCUCUACUCCAGGUAUAGGAUUGGAAGGAACGAACCAACCGUGUCAUUCUUUCGUGUAUCGUCGGCAAUGGAUCAGUUGGCUACUGCAGAGGAUUUGCGACAGCGACCUCAGCUUCUAGAUGAGACGAUCUGGCCAUGGAGAAAUGAUAAAGAAUGGAAAGCUGCGAGGGCAUCAACCAGGGAAUUCUUGAUUGCCAGGAAAGCUGCUGAGGUCACGUACUUUCAAGCAGAGCUGUGCAUAUUUAUCCUCGAUGUGUCACUGGCUGUGAAAGGCAUCCCUCGGACUUUGUUUUCAUGCCCACCGGAGACUCACGUACUUAUGUUUAAAUACGGCGACGAUGCUGACGAUACUGAUCGGUGGAGAUCAAUGCUGUAUUCACGAACUGAGGUUAGAAAAAGUUGGAACUUUGCUAUUUAUACCUCAGAUAACAUAAUGCGCCUUGGAAGUCAUCUUGAAAGGUUUCGGAAUGAGUUAAGGCAAUAUCGGGGGUUUGGGUUACGAUCCAAGUGGAAAGAAAUUACAACAGGUUGGGCCCAAGGUCAGAAUAUUAACUCUCUAGACUUGGCAUCUACCCGGCCUUUCACACGACGUUCGGACCAAGGCUCACUGAGCAGCAUGCUUCUCAGUAUAGGAGACGAUGAAAAUGAGCGGCCGCUCCAAAGGCCUACAAUAUCCGAUGACUUCAUGGUUAUUAAGGAGGAAGAUGGUGUCACGCCGAGGACAGUGGGCCCCUCGGAGAGGAAGAUCAUACGGGCAUACAGGCCAGACGGAGCUGUGAGGAUGCAGCAUCAAGAAAGCCUACCUGGCAGCGAUACCGGCGAUGACUCUCCCAGUAUGUCAGAGCGACGAAGAGGGAAAAGGCCAAUGAGGGCGGUGGAUGAGUCUGACGAGGCUGAAUCUUCAGCACAUGCAGAACGACGAGCUCGCCAGGAGCGGGAAGUUACCCAACGGUUUGAUAGUGACUUUCUUUCCGAUGGGGAGUUGAAAAAAGUGUUGGCAAAUGGAACGCUUCCCUGA